UCACAUCUUGACCCCGCCCAUCUUCUUCGCUCUAUCCAAUCACGUGCCGUGAACGCGAUGUGCUGUCAUUAAACACCGGAAGCCGGAAGUGUUUACAAAAGGAACGGGCUAGGCUAAAAGGCUAACAGUGUGUCUCUGUUUCCUGUCCAGGAGUCACGAUGAGUCUGCAGUGGACGGCUGUGGCCACCUUCCUGUACGCCGAGGUCUUCUUUGUCCUGCUGCUCUGCAUCCCCUUCAUCUCCCCCAAGAGGUGGAACAGGAUCUUCAAGUCCCGCCUGGUCCAGACGAUCGCUCUCUAUGGAAACACCUGGUUCAUGGUGGCCAUCGCCAUCCUCGUCUUCCUGCUCAUCGAUGCCUUCCGUGAGGUGAGGAAGUACAGCGUGACGGAGAAGGUGGAUCUGACCAACAACCCGACGGCCAUCGAACACAUCCACAUGAAACUGUUCAGAGCUCAGAGGAACGAGUACAUCGCCGGCUUCGCCCUGCUGCUCUGCCUGUUGCUGCGUCGUCUUGCCACUCUGCUCUCCCAGCAGGCCUCACUCAUGGCCUCCAACGAAGCCUUCAAGAAGCAGGCGGAGGGCGCCAGCACCGCCGCCAAGAAAUACAUGGAGGACAACGAGCUGCUGCAGGAGAAACUCCGUGAUGCCGGUGUCGAGGUGCCAGAGGCUGGGAAGAAGGGAGCAGGACCUCAGGAGGAGAACAAGAACCUGAAAGAGGAGGUGAAGACCCUGAAGGAGGAGCUGGACACCACCAAGAAAGCUCUGCAGAAGUCGGACAGUGACGUCCGUGCGAUGAAGAAGCAGGCUGAGAAUCUGACGGUGGAGUACGACCGACUGCUGGAGGAGCACAGCAAACUGCUGGCGAGCAGCGACAAGAAGUCCGACUGAGGACGACGAAGACGGCUCCCGGCUCCUCACCUCAUCAUCAUCAUCAUCAUCAUCAUCCCUCCUGCAUCCGCCUCACCACAGCGGUGUGAUGUCACUUCCUGUCUUUUGGAUCAGCUGACAUUGCCGGGCUGUGAUUGGUUUAUUUUGAUGUGGUUUGAAAAUGUCGGCGCUUCAUCAGGAAACAAACAUCCCAUCAUUCCCGGCUUCCUGCUGCGGCGGGAAAAAAGCUUCAUUCCAAAAUCAGACGACCAAAUAUGGUUUAAGACCCCGCCCCCUUAAAUAAUAAAAUAUGAAAUGAUUCUAAAAAUUAAAGUCAAUCAGAUUUUUGAUGAAACAUUUUUGAAUUCCUGAAACCUGAAUGUGAAUGUGACCUGAUGGAUGAGCGGCCCGACACUGUAUGAGCAGAACCGAACACCAGAACCUGGCCAUCGAUUAUUGAUUUGUUGUUUGAUGUCAGACUUUGGUUCUGCUCGUACAAAGUGUCUUUUUGUUCUGUUGAAAUAAAUCUUCUGUUCAUGUUUGAUGUCGGGUUUCCUCUCUGAAGUGGAUCAGAACACCAGAACCAGGCGGUCUGAAGUUGUUUCAGAGCGAGGCUGAAGCUGAUGGAUGUUCUGCAGCUGUGCUGAUCCAAACCCGUCGUGUUAAACACUUUGAAACCGUUUGUUUGUUUGACCCGGUUCUGUUGGUUGUGACAUCUUCAGCUGUUCCUCAGAUCUUCAUUCAGACUAACGGAUGUUUCGGCGUCUCGGAGGAACUGAAGCGUCUUUAAAUGUUUCAUUUCCUCCUGAUAAACGAGCCGCUCACCAUCCAUUAACUGGAAACGGUUGUUUGUGCAGACUCCCCUGACACGACCAGAACCUCUGAUCUGAGGUCAGCUCCAGGUUUCACGUAAAAACUCCACCAGACUGCCUUUAUUUUGAAAAGUGAGGUCUGUUUACUUCCUGUCACCUGUAUGUUUACCUUCGCUAAUGUUACUGACAGGAAGUGGACCAGACGUAGCUCGAUGUUUGACUUCAGUCGGUUUCCAUGUUUCUUUUGUCCACUUUAUUAUUCAGGACAGAUUUAUAAUCUCUGAACUUUGUUCCACAUUUAAACCCGAGCUGCUUUGUUCAUGUGCACUUCUUGUUUUUGAACUUUGGUUUCGUGGUGACGACGCAGACCUCGUUAUCUUCAUCAGCUGUAACGAUGAAACGUGUUUGCUCGGUUUAAAGUGUCAGCUUCAAUAAAUGAGCAGAAACUUUGUCGUUGAUUGAU